GAGACAGAACGCGAAGAACAGAAACAGCAAAUACACACGACACAGAGUUUAAAGGGAGAAGUUAGAACUGGAGUUGGAGUUAGAGAGAGAGAGAGUGAGAGAGAGGGAGAGGUUGCUAUAUUUUGAAAAUUCCAACCGGCUUCUUUUUCUUCUUAUCCAAUCCGUUGCCUCUGUAUUUUGACCGAGUUUCCUGAGGGACUUGGGGGCUUGGAUUGUUAGAAUUUAGCUGUGGACUUUGUCAUUUUUACCCAGAAAGAGGCUUUGGUUAGUAUUGGGUCUGUGAAUUUGGUGCCUUUCCAUUGAUUGUUUCACGGAGACAUGUUGGAGGGUCGGUCCUGCUUGCUUUCGAGGGUGUUUUCGAGCUUUUGCCAGCCAGAAAGCAAGUGGCCUUACAUGAGUUGCCGUCGGCUCGAAGAUUUUGCAAAUGGCAAGCGCCCAUUAGGAUUUGAUGGUGAAGAUGACCGAGAGCGUCGAGAAAGGAAGUUGUGUAAGCUAUUGAAUUGUUCUGAGAUGGUGGAGACGACCCAGUCUUCAUCUGAGCAAUCCGAGGACCAGCAACAAGCUGGGGUUCCUUCAGAUUCAGAUUCCCUUAUACAUCGGAUUGGUCGGGACAACUCGAUCAGCUGCCUGAUUCGGUGCUCCAGGUCUGCUUAUGGUUACAUUGCCUGUUUGAACAAGAGCUUCCGCUCGUUAGUUAGGACCGGGGAGCUCUAUAAACUGAGGAGGCAGAAUGAUGUGAUUGAGCACUGGAUUUAUUUCUCUUGCCACCUACUUGAAUGGGAAGCCUUUGAUCCCAAUCAACGCCGGUGGAUGCACUUGCCGAGAAUGACGUCCAAUGAAUGUUUCAUGUGUUCAGAUAAGGAGUCUUUGGCUGUGGGAACUGAGCUUCUUGUAUUUGGUAAGGAGGUGACUUCCCAUGUAAUCUUUAGGUAUAGCGUUUUGACAAACUCUUGGUCUUCUGGAAUGAGGAUGAAUGCCCCAAGAUGCUUGUUUGGGUCUGCCAGCCUUAAGGAGAUUGCAAUUUUGGCAGGUGGUUGUGACUCACUGGGAAGCAUACUUAGCUCCGCAGAGCUAUAUAAUUCCGAGACUCAGACUUGGGAGACACUCCCGAGCAUGAAUAAACCCCGGAAGAUGUGUUCUGGGGUUUUUAUGGAUGAAAAGUUUUAUGUUAUUGGUGGGAUUGGGGGAAGUGAUUCAAAGGUUCUUACAUGUGGGGAAGAAUAUGAUUUAAAGGCGAGAACAUGGACAGAAAUACCUAAUAUGUCUCCCGGACGUACUGGUGCAGCCGGAGAGCCUGAUAUGCCUGCAACAGGUGAGGCACCACCUCUGGUUGCAGUGGUAAAUAAUGAAUUGUAUGCGGCUGACUAUGCUGACAUGGAGGUGAGGAAAUAUGACAAAGAGGGAAGAUUGUGGCUGACAGUAGGGAGAUUGCCUGAGCGGGCAGUCUCAAUGAAUGGUUGGGGUCUUGCAUUCAGGGCUUGUGGAGACCGGCUUAUAGUUAUUGGCGGGCCUAGGGCUCUAGGUGAAGGUUUCAUCGAGAUCAAUGCAUGGGUUCCCAGUGAAGGUCCUCCACAGUGGAACUUACUUGCACGAAAGCAAUCGGGUAACUUUGUCUAUAAUUGUGCUGUGAUGGGAUGCUGAAGACUGGGAUGUAUAAGAUUGGUUUGUACCUCAACACAGGAGUCUUGCUAAUUGGUAAUUCCCCCCCUUUCUUUUUUGAUUGUUAAAUCCCUUUUGGGGUGGGGGAGAAUGGGGAAGAAUUUUGGAUUUUACUCAAGAUUCAAGUGAAUGUUUUCUUGGAAUGAAAUCUUGAGUAAUUUUUUUUUUCCUUUUUUCAGUUUCAUUUUCAAACUUCUAUUGAUUUUCCUCCGAUGGAAUUUGUCUUCCCCCAUUUUUAGUGACAUGAGAAAUUUUAAAGGUUGGCAUCAUGUAGGUUAGGAACAGGUUCAAUAAUAUGUUGUACCAACACAUUGGUAGGUUGUCAGUUAUUGCUUGCUGAAGCUUUUUAAAUACACACAACUAGUUGUAUGAGUUUCCCUUUCUUAAUUGUAUUUGUUGUGUUGUCUUCCAAAGAGGAAAUAAAUUCUGAGAGGUUUUUUUAUCUU